CGAGCGAGAAUCGAAAAUAGUGCUUUUGACUUUGACGAAUAAUUUUAUAAACAGUUUAAUUUAUCUCAAGAAAUUUUUGCAUUUCGGCGCUAACAUGGGUCUAAGCGGAUGCUGUGGGAUCAUCAAGUACCUUGUAAUUUUAGUGAAUUUGUUAUUUUGGCUCAUCGGAUUCGCCAUUGUUUUGCUGGCGAUAUGGAUGCUAACGGAUCCCACGUUUUUGAUUUCAAUGACCCAGAAUGAAAAUAACUAUUUCAUUGGACUGUACAUUUUAUUGGUCGUAGGCGGGCUCAUGCUUUCUGUUGCGUUCCUGGGAUGUUGUGGAGCCUUCAAAGAAUCACAGUGCAUGCUGUUCUCGUUUUUCAGCUGCCUUCUGAUCGUUCUUGUCGCUGAAAUAGCAGCUGGAGCUUGGGCUUAUCAUAAUUCAGCCAAAUUAGAUUCUUACGUUCGUUCUGCUGUCAAGGAAGCCGUACAAGAUGAAUACUCCGUGGUGGCCACCAGAACCACAACAAUGGACUCGAUUCAAAAAUAUUUCCAUUGCUGUGGAGCGGAGGGUCCUAAUGAUUGGCAGAGCAGUGUGUACAACAACGCCGACAGGUCAUCAAUUGUCAAUAUCGCUAUUUCAAAGUUGAACGUCGCUUAUAAGGUUCCUGAAUCAUGCUGCGUCGAGGGAUUAUCCGCAGCAGAGUGUAACAAUGCGCGCACCAAAGGCUUGAUCACAUCGAUUAUCAAAGAUGAUAUUUAUUCUGAUGGUUGCAUGGAGAAACUGGUCAACGAAAUAAAAAAGAACAUUAAAUCAGUAUACAUCAUUGGCGCUUGUGUAAUUGGAGUUGAAAUCUUGGCAUUAUUUUUUGCUCUAUUUCUCUGUUGUGCAAUCCGACGAAACAACAGUUACAAAAAUUAAAUUGUUCCAAAAUGAAAAAUAAUAUGAAAAUAUGAAGCAUAGAAUUGUGCACAACCAUAACGUACAAGUGUAUAAAAUAAAAAUUAUGUAGCGUCAUAACGGUUCUUUGAACAUCUUUGUCUAACGCUUGUGGUCCUCAGUGAUACGUGCUCCAUACUGAAGGAUAUUUAUAGUGGUAAUUUAAAGAAUUAAGUCUCAAGUAAUAAUUCAGCACACUAGUGUUAUUACAAUUGCGUACACUAAUUUUACUAAAUCAAAUGGCACAAAAUUGCUUGUACACUUUUUUAUAUAUCGUAAAGCUACACGUUUUCGAUUUUAACGAUUAAAUUUUAUGAUGCGAUUUUUUGUUAUUUAGACCAAUUUUGAUCUUAUAACUUUUUGUACAGUUUUAAUACAAUCGGAUUUUGUUCUGAUUUUGGUAUGAAAAUAUUCGACCCAAAAAGCAUUAUAAUUUAUCAUUUGGAAAAUAUUAUGAAGAAAUAUACAAUAUAUCUCUUAUUUGCCAUUUUGUUCGAUAAAUCAAUAUCUAUGUUGGGACAGCAAAAAUGUAAAUCAGAGGAAAACACAGAUUUAAACUACAAUCACUGCAUUCACAGUCUGGCGAAUAGAAAAUCCCAAAAACAGACAACGUGAUAAUCUCACCUAACUGAACAAAAAGCUUAAACCAUUAAGUGAUCAAUGAAAAUACACGAUAGCAUUCACACAAUGGGUUUCAAUUAGGUGAAAUUUCGCCGAAUAUGUUUAAACUGCAUUUUGUUUAUAACAUCAAUAAAGUUUUGUUGAUAUAAGCGGACAUGAUUGAUUGGCUCCGAUAGUCCUAUCCGCUAGACUGUGAAUAAAGUGACUGUAAAAUGAACUGUAAUAGGGAUACUCAUAUUAAUCAGAAUAUUUGAUAAAAAAAAAAGAUUCAAGCCAAUACAUACAAAAACAUCAAAUCCCUAUAGUACUUCAAACUGAAUUUGAACAAAAACAAAUGUCAUACAAAACUCACAUACACAUGACUGCAAAUAACACAUUUCCCAAGUAACCAUGCCGCUCAAGCUGAAAUUUAUGUACAAAUAUAGUGUAUAUUCUAGAGAUACUACAUACAGUUUCUUUACUAUAUAACCAAGAAAAAAUUUGUGCCUUAAGCUGUUUCACUAAACCCACGUUUCUCUACAGGGGAUCCGCAGACCCACGACCAUGUUAAAAGUACGCUGAAACGAUCACCUCAAAGUGAUGUUUUUUUAGCCAUUACCAGAGUUGACAAACAAUGCAUUGACAUAUUGGUUGCUACAAUUUGACGUAUUAUUAUUACAUUUAAAUUAAUUUGACAUUGUUCUGAUGCCGGGUCUCGAACUAGAUUUACAGGCGCAUGCAUAUCUACUGCUCCAAUCAAGGUUAUAUACCACCAGUGCACCAGUAUCCGUUCAUGACCCUAUUUCCGCUCACUAGUGUAAAAAUUGAUUUUUCGUGUCAAAAACCAACAUUUUUCGCUCGGAUAUAUUCUAGCAAUAUUAACAACUUUCAAAAGAAGAUGUCUGACAUUAUUUUCAUUUGAUAAAAUAAUUCUUUAUAUUGAAAACCCAAGACCUCGUGAGCGAUUAUUGGAUCACUAGGUAUUUCUGAGUGUUCCAAUAACUGCUCAUGCAAAAACUUAAACAAAAUUCUAAAUGACGAUUUUAGUAUACAGCUUUCUUUAUUGGAGUAGUAGCUAUGCUAUAUAUCAGAAUAAAUAACGAAAUUCGAAAUAAUGUAUUCUUUAGUAAGUUCGUCACGAAAUCCGAUUACCAUGCGCGGAAA